AUGUCACAAAAAACGCGCCUCGUUGACUCCGUCCAAAAGACAAGGACGCGCCCAAUGCGGCUGCUCCUUCUUGGUCUCCCACGGACUGCGACAGAAUCCCUCAACAGCGCUCUGGAAGAACUCGGCUACAAAGUCUUUUCAUUCCAGGCCAUGUGGCCGAAUUGGAAAGAGAGCAUCCCACUCUGGACCGAAGCCAUUGAAGCCAAGUAUCAUGGCCGCUGUAAGCCUUACGGCCGUGAAGAGUUUGACAAGCUGCUCGGGGAUUACGACGUCGUGAAGUGCCCUCACGCCUUGCUCUUUGCCGAAGAUCUCGCCGCUGCUUACCCAGAAGCACGGAUCAUCGUAUCGAAACGCGACUAUGAGCCGUGGCGUGCGUCAAUGGAAAAGACCGUAUUCAAGCUGCGCCGGUCCCUUGUCUUCCGCCUACUUCAUCCUUUGGACCCAUUUCGCGCCGCAUGGUGGCCGUUUUUGCGCCUCAUCAUGGACACGGCUUACGGAGGCUGGGCCGAGGCAGAGCCGGGACGGAAACCGUACGACGAGCAUCAUGCCCGCAUCGAAGCCAUUACGCGCGAGACUCCGGAAAGGAUGCUUGUAUUCUCAGGCCCGAAGGAUGGAUGGGUUCCACUGUGCAAGUUUCUCGACGUGCCGGUGCCCGAGACGCCAUAUCCGUGGACGAACUCGGGAGCAGACUUCUUUGAGAGGCAAGGCCACCGAGCAGGCGAGCGAUUGUUGUUGCAGAAGCUGUUGGGGAGGCUAGCAGUGGUAGCAGGUAUUGGAAUGGGGGUCUACUGGUACAUGAAACGACCAUAG